AUGGAUUCCAGUAAUAGAAGAAUAAAAUGUGCCUUACUGAAUGCGCAGUCAGUACGCAACAAGACAACAGAAUUAAGAGAAUUAAUCUGUGAACAAGGAAUAGAUGUGUUCGCUAUAACAGAAACAUGGCUAAGUGCUACUGAUAAUUUGAAAAUUAAUGAACUAUUGCCGGACACUCAUAAAUUUUUUCACACACCACGUAAUUUUGGUCAGGGAGGUGGGGUUGGCAUUGUCUUAUCCAAAACAUUUACAAACGUUAGAAUUAGGGUUGUUGGAUCAUUUGUGAGUUUUGAGUAUUUAGCCUUGGAGUUUAAGGCCUAUAAUGUACAGUUUUUAUUUUUAGUAGUAUAUCGUCCUCCUCAGCUAAGUAAGGCUACGUUUUUAGAAGACUUUUCUGUAUUCUUGGAUUGUUUUGAAAAUGAAAAAUGUAAUGUAUAUAUAUGUGGAGAUUUUAAUAUGUGGUUAGAGGAUUAUAGAGAUACAAAUGUAAAGAAGUAUAUUGAUAUAAUGAACAAUAUGAAUUUUGUUAAUAAGGUGAAUGUAUUUACCUGUAGGUCAGAUCAUAUUUUAGACGCUGUGUUUUGUUUUAUGGGUGAUAAUUACUUUAUGAAUUUGAUAGUGGAGCUAGAUUUUUCUAUCUCUUUUUACCACAAGCUUAUUAUGUUUGAUAUUUCAGUCUUAUUACCAAGUAAACUUAGGACUAAAAUAACAUUUAGGAACAAACGGUCAUUAGACUCUACUGUACUAAUAGAUGUGGGCGUUACUGUUAUUGAAGAAAAAUAUAAUGAACCCUGUGGAUGUACUGACUUAAAUAGUAGCAGAAAUAUUUCUGUAGGUGAAUGUGUGGUCUGUCUUGUUGCCUUGUAUUUUUCUGUAUUUUCCAAAGAAUAUGAUAAAAUGUGCCCUGUGGUAGAGAAAGAUAUUGUCAUAAGAGACAGCUCCCCAUGGUUCAAUGCUGCAAUUAGGGAAGCUAGGAAAAAACGGAGGUUGGCAGAGUCACGUUGGCAUAAGCGUAAAACAAAGAGAAAUCGAAUGUUAUAUGUGGAAGCUAGGAAUGAGGUAAAUAGAUUAUUAAGAGAUGUAAAGAAGACAUAUUAUAAUGAAAAAGUAACUGAGGUUGGGUCCAAUAUCAAAAGGCUGUAUUCUGUGUUCGAUGAACUUUUAGGGAAAAUGAAGAGGCAUGUUUUACCAGACGGGAGGUCUGAGCUUGAAUUGGCAAAUGAAUUUGCUGAGUUCUUUGAGUCAAAGGUUGCCUGUUUACUUUGUAACUUCACAGCUGAUGUUUCUUGCCCCUAUCCUUACUUUCCUGAUUUUCCUUUCUCAAAGUUUUUGCAGUUUAGGCCAAUUUCACUCGAUGCUUACAAAACUAUGUUCAUUAGUUCUGGCCGCUCUUAUUGCAGUAACGAUCCUUUUCCAAUAAAUGAGGUCACCGACGCCCCGAACAUAGAUAGGUUAUUGCAAUUGCAGCUUCGAAUAGUCAACUUGAGUAUUACUAAGAGCUUGGUUCCGUCCUCUGAAAAAGUUGCUAUCAUUAAACCAUCUCUUAAAGGAUCCCUUGAUCAUCAAGAAUUGAAAUCUUACAGACCAAUUUCUAACUUGUCUUUUUUGUCAAAAAUGAUCGAGACUUCCGUUUUAGACCAACUCACUCAGCACUUGAAAGUAAUUGGAGCUAUUCCUGAAGAUCAGUCGGCUUAUCGGAAAUUCCAUUCUACUGAAACAGCUCUUUGUGCCGUAAUGAAUGAUUUGUUAGGUUUCUCUGAUGACGGUAAAUGUAGCUUGCUUAUUCUCCUAGAUCUUAGCGCUGCUUUUGAUACAGUGGUUCAUGAAGUGUUAAUAGAGGAUAUGACUGCUAUUGGGAUCGAUGGGGAUGCUCUUAAAUGGUUUAAUAACUAUUUAUCGAAUAGAUCUUUCAAGGUGAAGGUUAAAGAUAGAUAUUCUGAAAGUAGAAAGCUCACCACGGGUGUUCCACAAGGAAGCGUACUUGGCCCGGUUCUUUUUAGUAUUUAUACAAUCGAGUUGUCUUGGAUAUUUAAAUUACAUGGCGUUCAAUGUAAAUUUUUUUGCUGA